CCUCUCCCCUCUUCCUCUCGGGCUUCCUCGACAAUUGCUCUCUGGGAACACUGGCACGAUGUCUUUGAGUCUUCUGGGACGCUUUUCGCGGGGCCCCCGUGUCCUCUCCGCCGCUCCUCGACGAUGGGGAAGUUCGGUUUCUCAGCGCCCUGGCUCGGACCGGGUCCGAUUCCCGGGUGCCGUCAACAGCAAAUUCACGACCGAAAUGGCCUUCCUCAAUCCCUCCGAAUCGUCCCAUAUCCCUACCUACCGGGUCAUGGAUUCCGACGGCGUGCUGGUUGAUAAGGACCGGAAACCUCUCAAUGCAUCAAACGAGGAGAUUCUCACAUGGUACAAAAAUAUGCUGUCUGUGAGCGUAAUGGAUGUGGUGAUGUUCGAGGCCCAAAGACAAGGCCGAAUAAGUUUUUACAUGGUAUCUGCCGGAGAGGAAGGUAUCAGCGUGGGCUCCGCCGCAGCCUUAACCCCGGACGAUGUAGUCUUUGCCCAGUACCGUGAAACUGGCGUGUUUCAACAGCGAGGAUUCACACUCAAGGACUUCAUGAGCCAACUAUUCGCCAAUUGCCACGACAACGGCCGUGGACGCAACAUGCCAGUUCACUACGGAUCGCAUUAUCCGCGCACACACACAAUCUCCUCCCCACUUGCGACGCAAAUUCCCCAGGCGUCUGGCGCAGCGUACUCUCUCAAACUGCAGGCCCUCCAGAACCCCGACACGCCACCCCGCAUCGUGGCCUGCUACUUCGGCGAAGGAGCCGCUAGCGAAGGAGACUUCCACGCCGGGCUCAACAUCGCAGCGACUCGCUCCUGCCCGGUAGUGUUCAUCUGCCGAAACAACGGAUAUGCGAUCUCCACGCCGACCCUCGAACAAUACCGAGGCGACGGCAUUGCCAGCCGCGGCAUCGGAUACGGCAUCGACACGAUUCGCGUCGACGGAAACGACAUCUUCGCCGUGUACGAAGCCAUGCGCGAAGCGCGCCGCAUUGCGCUCUCAGACGGCGGAAAACCGGUACUGAUCGAGGCCAUGAGUUACCGCGUCUCGCACCACAGCACCAGCGACGACAGCUUUGCGUACCGGGCGCGCGUCGAAGUAGAGGACUGGAAACGACGGGACAACCCGAUCAUCCGGCUGCGGAAGUGGCUGGAGAACGAAGGGCUGUGGAACGAGGACAUGGAGCGCGAGACGCGUGAGCAGUACCGCAAGAACGUCCUAAAGGAGUUUGGGGAGGCAGAGCGGGAGAAGAAGCCGCCGAUUCGCGAGGCCUUCCACGGCGUCUAUGAAGAAGUCACCGAGGAGGCUCAGGCCCAGAUGAAGGAGCUGAAGCGCAUUCUGGAAACAUACCCGGAGGAAUACGAUCUGCGGGAGUAUAAAGACGGGAUUAACGGACUAUAGAGGACACAAUGAGAUCGACGCUUCCAGUAUAUACAUACUACACAUACUACUACCCCUCUACCUAGGUUCUUAGUUACCAUGCUUCUUUCUUCCCAUAGCAAGGCAUGAAGCGACAAGAACAGGGACAGCAACUUAAUGGAAACCCUGUCCAACCAUAAAUGAGAUGAC